AUGGAGGAAGCUUUGCCUAGAACACACGCACAAAGGAUAGGCACAAACGCUCCACCCCAGAGCAGACCGAUUAAAUAUUUAGCUGUAUUUCUCGGCGAUUUUAAAGCGGCCACUUACAAUAGUAUUAUGUAUUUUACAGUACUGCAACUCAUGUAUCUAGGUGCUUUUUGUAAGAGUGUCCCAUAUCUGAGCUUGGCUUUAUGUCUGGUGUAG